UUCACACACGAGACAGACAACACGGUGUGUACACGUCAGAGAACACGGUGUGUACAUCUCGACCACAAUCUUGCAUUCGUGUUUGUUGAUGUGUGCCGUCCUUUCUCGACCUUAUAAAUAGCUCGACAGUUUUUAGUCUUGCAGCUUUGCCGUGUUAGGCUGAUGUGAGAUACACUUGAUGUGUAGGAACUGUUUGAAGAAAGUGUUUCCUAGACAGCACAGCAUACUAUUUCUUCUAUAACGUCAUCUGAUCGUCCAGCCGAUGGUGUCUGGUGAGGGGACCAUGUCGUGGGAGGAUCUCGUCUUUCACAUCCUGACCACCACCAGCAAGGUGGAGAAGGUCAUCGUCUACAACCUGCAGGGUCACCCGGUGGCUGCUUCAGAGGGCGUUGAGACGAACCAAUCAGAAGGCUUUGCCAUCGUCACGUGUUUGUACGACCCCGGAAAGAGCAUGACCAAGAUUCAAGUUGACAACGAUAUGUUUCUCUGUGUUCAGGUUUGUCAAGGGUCAAAGUUCACGCUGGCUGGUACAACCGUCAAAGACCACAAACGUGUGCUGGUGGCGCGUCAGGACGACGGUCACGUGGUCGUCGUGUUCGGCAAAUCAACGGAGCAGAGCUCAUUCACCUCGGAGCUGAAAGAAUGUCUCGUGCUCCGCGCCCAGGGUCAGCUGGUUGGCAAGCAACAACUGGAGCAACAGAGACGUCUGCUGGGGUCAGAUGGUGGUGCGGACUCGCAAAGUUUAGCAGACGAUCAGCAAGUUUUAGUUAGUUUAGCGUGAGGUCUGUACUCAUUGUGCUAAAUGUACCUGCAU